CUCAAUGUCAAGUCGUUGAUCUGUCAUCAGUAGUUAAUAUGCACUGCUCGGCAUGCGGUGUAAUCAAGGCUUUAUCUCUUUUAUUUACUUUUUAAUGUAAGGAACAUUUAAUUGACCAUGAAAGUGUGAUGUGCUUUAAAGAACACCCAUAGUAUGUUAAAUAUCGUGACCGACCGUGAAAUUAUAUGACGUGUUUUUUAAUCGAUCAUGUUAGUUUAGCUGAUUAUUAGUUUAACUUGAUACGUGUCGGCACGAUGUCGGUCCUAAGCGCGCAGGAACAAGCGGAAGCGGCGGACCGCGCUCAUCUAGUCAAGAAGAUUCUGAGCGCGGGAUUCUACGCGCUGGCGUCGUUCAUGAUUACCGUGGUAAACAAGACGGUGUUGACGACGUAUGCCUUCCCGUCGUACCAAGUGCUGGGGCUGGGGCAGAUGGUGGCCACUAUCUGCGUGCUGUGGUUAGGACGUUCGCUGAGGGUGGUCAAGUUCCCGGCACUGGACAGCGGCGUGGCGCGCCGUAUCUGGCCGUUGCCGCUAAUCUACCUCGGCAACAUGGCCACCGGGCUGGGCGGCACCAAGGAGCUCAGCUUGCCGAUGUUCACUGCGCUGCGUCGCUUCAGCAUCCUCAUGACGAUGCUGGGCGAGAGGUUCGUGUUGGGCGUGCGCGCGUCCUGGUCGGUGCAGGCCAGUGUGUUCGCGAUGGUCGGAGGCGCGCUGCUCGCCGCCGCCGAUGACGUCACGUUCUCCUGGUCUGGCUACACCCUGGUGUUGCUCAAUGAUGGCUUCACAGCAGCCAAUGGAGUAUACAUGAAGAAGAAGCUAGAUUCUAAGGAGCUGGGUAAAUAUGGUCUGAUGUACUACAAUGCCUUGUUCAUGAUAGUUCCUGCAUCUGUAGUUGCGUGGGGCAUGGGAGACCUUCACCGCUCCUUAGAGUAUGAGAACUGGGGGGACUCACUGUUCCUGGCACAGUUCCUGAUGUCUUGUGUGAUGGGGUUUGUGUUGUCCUACAGUGUGAUGCUGUGCACACAGUACAACAGUGCCCUGACUACAACUAUCAUAGGCUGCCUGAAGAACAUCCUGGUCACAUACUUGGGAAUGGUCAUCGGUGGAGACUAUGUAUUCUCAUGGCUGAACUUUGUUGGGCUAAACAUAAGUGUGCUGGCAAGUCUACUGUACACAUAUGUCACAUUCAAGCGCAAGCCCUCUCCUUCAUACGUGCUUGUUGAGAAUGCUAAAGUGGACACCGUAUAGCAGUACCGGAAACGGAGACCGACUCAGUGCUCUACGUACCUUGUAUAGUACUGAAGGUGGUGCCAAAGAUGACUGUUGAACAGUGAGUAGUGCUACGCAAUAAUGUUUUAACUCAUACAGACCACACUGUGGUGCUAUGUGAUGCCACUGAACAUUUUUUUCAUAUUAUUAAUUAUUUUUGUACAUUAAUUACAUCUCUAUUAGUUAUAAUUGUGAUUAGUCUGCUGUAACAUAUAUUUUUAUAUGUUUUAUGUAUAAACAGAAUUGGGUAUUAAGAUCUAAUUGUUAAUAGUAAAUCACAAAACUUCAGGUUUUAAUAAUUAUUGAUAUUAAUACUCAAAUCUAAAACGUAUUUAUAAGCUUAAAAUGUUUAUUCUGUGGUCUAUGUGAGUUGACACAGUAAGUCCCAUUAUUUAAAUAUGCCAUUGUUCUUGUGGUAUGACAAAUAAUUAAGUUAUUAUUUUUUUAUUGUAGUUAUUAUCAAUAUUUGAGACAAAUAUAUUAUUAAAAUCAAUCUGUGUGAAACAGGUUGUAUGAUACAAUCUUGGA